AUAGAUACCAGGAGAGAGCACAAGUUCAGUGUGCUGUUGUCAGUGGUUCAGCAGGGAGACAAAUCUACACACCCAUUCUUCUAUUGAUCUUCAUAUAUGAGCUGCUACAGGAGGCAGGAGUUACUGCAGGAGGCAGGAGUACUGCAAGAACUACUGUAGGAACCAGCAGCUACUGCAGGAAGCAAUAUUUAUUGCAUGGGGCAGAAGAUCUUGCAGAAGCCCCUGCAAGAGGUAGGAAUUACUAAAGGAGACAGGAGCUGGUGCAGGAAACAGGAACUGCUGCAGGAGGCAGGAGCUACUGCAGGGAACGGGAGAUACUGCAGAAGCCCCUGCAGGAGGAGGGAGAUACUGCAGGAACUUUUGCAUUCAGCAAGGCUACUAAAGAAAGCAGUACCUUUUACAGGAGGCAGGGCAACUGCAGGAGACAGUACUCAAUGCACAAAGCAAUACCUACUGCAGGUGAGAUUAACGAUGGUGCCAACGAGACUAGAAACAAGAGCCUACACUCGAUUAGCCGUCUCCAAACGCAUGUAUAAACUAUACUGCAAGCACGAUUGCUUCCCAACAAACACCUAUUCUCAAUUGGAGAUGUGAGCUGGAAAAAAUUUGCUCUAGGACUAAUUUAUUUGCUAACGCAAAAUUCAGAUUCUGAACAAUACAUUACAUGUGAAACAUUCCUUUGUAUUAACCUUCCAGCCAUGAAGAGAAACAUCAUGUUUUUGUGGUUCGUCUUCUUUGGCGUGUUCGUCUGUUCUGUAGGGUCGCAGGAAUCUACGUCAACUGUGCAAUAUCCUAAAGACCCAUCCACUACGAAAGAUCCUGAGCCAUCAUCUAAACUUAGGAGUUCAGGAGAUGAAGUUACUGAACCUAUAUCGCACAUGACGUCAGGCGUGGUUUGCACGACUCCUUCCCCAUCUAAUGUGAGCGACCUGGUAGCUCUUCCUCGACCAGUCGUGUCCGCUGCUCUUAUCCUCAUUCUAACAACUGCUUUCUUACACAUUAUCUUCAUUGUUCACUGCUGUGUCUCUGCGUGGAGCAUAUGCUCCUCCAAAAUUGGGAAGAUUCCUGCGCAUAAAGUGUCAGAUUUUGGAUUAAGAAGCCGAAAAAAUAGUCAUUCUCCCUCGCCGGAAAAUGUUCAGCUCCGAAGAAGAGUGAAGAACUUACCAGUUCACUUUGAUUAUGAUUCUCGAGAGGAACCCAGACGCAGGUCCAUUGCUACUACUCCCAACCUGGAAGGCUUUUUCAAUUUAGACAGAGUUUUAAAUCAAGGCAAAUACAGCAAAAAUUUUUCGCUUUGUCAGGCACAAACUUCCCCAGUGAUGGAAAGGGAAGACUGUAGUUCAUUGUCUUAUCUACAGGAAACAAGGAAUGAUAACGAUUUGUUAAGACAUUCUGGCGAACACAACAGCAAGAAGUCAUAUUCUGUUUUGCCACUUCCCACCAUUACUGUAGAAGCUCCCCGAGAAUGUGAAGACGCACGUUAUCCUAAUUCUGGACCGUCCUCUGAUUCCAUUACACGAGACAAAUGGCUCAAAUCACUAACGUCAAGAAAUGAAGGCAUUUUGUUAGAUGAAUUAGUGGCACAAGGAAAUAACUAUUCACUUUUGGCUCGGGAAAAUGCGCGCGUUCAGACACAAGAAAAUGCUUCCAACAGUGAUAACGAGAGAUACUCUCGUGACCCCAGAUCAGAUGAGGUUGAUGUAGACAUAAUUGAGAAAGGGGGACUUUUGACUAAUGCGAAAAUGAGAACGACGUUAGUACCUCACUUCAGAGCAUCCUCGAUCUCUCCUGUGGAGCAACAGGACAAUUAUAACUUCCGCGAGAGUUUUUGCUAUGUGGCAACUGAUCCAGAAUUUCGGCACUCAACAGAAUUCACUAGUGCUCCAGGCUACCAUCGCGAGAACUUGAGAUCAGGUGAAACUUCAAAGUUUCCGUAUGCGCCGCCAUCACUGCAACUACCCAAGUGCAAUAACAAAGUCGAACAGGAAAUAAAAUUACCAUUCAAUAUCGAAACACAAAAUAUCUUUGACUCUGAUCCAGAGCCUGAUGUACUGGAAGCAUGGAACAUCCCUGUGUUUUCCAAAGAAAAAAAAACGGCUACGAUAAAUCCCAACCCCAUCUUAUUAAGAAAAUCAUUCUCGAGAAACACAUUAGGCGUGAGUGAACCUCAACUUUGUAAUCCGCUUCGGAGAUUCAGUUCAUUCGAAGUGAUUGAGGCUCAGCGAAGGAAUCCGACAGUGAAGGAACAUCACCGGAGCUUCCACGGAGGCGAUAACAUUGCGAGUCUCUUGCAAGGUUAUACGGAACUCCGAACGCUAGUUUGACUUUCCUCUUACUCUGUUCAAGAUAUAUUGUACAACAGCAAAUGGGAUUACCGUAAUCUAAUGUAGAAGGCUUUUAACCAAGGAUAAUCCAACAAAACCACAGUGUGAGUUAAUACGAUUCUCAAUAGCUGCUUAACGUCUAGGUACUUGCUUGUUUUAUUGCUGCCAGGACCAAGACAACAGGGGUAAGGAGCUGUUUUCAUACUUCUUUCCCUGUGUGUGUGUGUGUGUGUGUGUGUGUGUGUGUGUGUGUGUGUGUGUGUGUGUGUGUGUGUGUGUGUGUGUCUCAACAAUCAAUAUUUGCACCAAUAACUUAUUACAGUUGUGACCGGGUGUAGAAGUGUGAAUUGCUCAUUACACUAUAAUUUGUUCAUGAUUGUAGCCAUGUAUAAACGUAAGUAACCAUUCUUACAGAAUUCAUUACCUUUGUAACUUGUGAGCUCAUUACCUUUGUACCUAGUUCAGCUAUCAAAACUUUGGGGGCCCAGUCCCUGGACCCAUUACGUACCUCUGUAAUCUGUAAAUACCUUUGUAACUUGUCAUGAUUGUGACCAGACCUACCUGGAGUUCAUUACCUUUGUAAAUUGUGAGUUCAUUACCUUUGUAAAUUGUGAGUUCAUUACCUCUGUAACUUGCUCAGCUAUCAAAACUUUGGAGUCCAGUCCCUGGACCAAUUAUGUACCUCUGUAAUCUUUUGACUACCGUCCACAGGAUGGGUAUGGUGUGCAUAAUAAACAUAUUAAACUAACACCCGAGAACUGAACCCAGGUCCUUUGGGUUGUGAGCUAAAAUUGCAUUAUUAGGGCUAGCUAUGUUUUCCUGUUAUAUUCCUUCCCACUACAUGAGUUUCCUAAAUAAAGUAAUGAAAUCUACCAGUCUAGGCUGGGAGACUUGGAAAUGGCGAUGAGGAUAUCGUCAUGUAUUCCACUAUGGGUUCAGUAGCUGUGAGAGCCUCAAAGGUUUUCUUCGUUCGUGUGUUGUUGCUUGUGCAACCCGUCUAUCUAGCUAAUGGCUAUCUAUAAUUUUUCUGCCCCGAGAGCCCAAUGGUGAUACUCCUGUCGUAACACAAUCAUCUGCUUCAAAUGAUAGGUCUCUUCUAGAAUAUGUAAGCAGAUACAGGUAUCUAGGCUUUGAGGUUCCACUACUUGGACCUGUUGUAACAAGACUUUGUCGCCAAUACAAAGAAAGACUAAGAGCACUUAGAGUUGUGGCUGGGUUUCACCCCAGGUAUGGUGCUAAUGUUAAAAUUGUGAAAAUGAUGUAUCUUGCUUAUAUUAGAUCAUUGGUUGAUUAUGCUGCGUCACUACUUGCUCUUGUGUCUGACUGGAAGCUUGGAGGGCUGGAAAAACUGCAGAACGAAGCAAUGAGGAUCAUUUUAGGAUGCCCUCAUACUGCCAAAAUUUUAAAUAUGCAAAAAGAACUUGAUAUUCCAAGCAUCAGAGAUCGUGUUACUGAAAGAAAUAUCCUAAUUGGGGUUAAUAUGCUCAGGCAAGCACAUUCAAACCCCUGCACAGAAGCCCUCCAAACUUUCCUCAGCACUGGUGAACACUCCUCUAGAUGGAUCGAAAAAACUGGAACCGACCUCCGCAUGAAUCAGAUACAUGAUCAAUGAUUUUCAAGUAAGGCAACAGCGGCACUUCUCCGCUCCGUGGGAUAUUUCCCAUUCCAAACUACCAUUCCUCCAUUUCCCCCCAAACUACUUCUUAAAUCACAACCAAAACUUCUCCUUGAAGCCAAACAUGAUGCCUUAAGCUGUAUUGAUAACUUAGUCACACAGCACACACUCUCGCAAAUUAUUUACGUUGAUGGUUCUGUUCACCAAUCCACUGGUGUAGCUGGUGGUGCUGCUGUUGUCGUACAGAGUGAUGGCUCUCUUAAAGAAAUUGGAGCACGCAUAAAUAAUUGGGCCUCUACCCUUCAGACAGAA